AUGGCUAUCGUUGCUGAAGAUGGUCAGCCAUUAGAAGAAUCUUCAGCAGAGAAUCAAGAAUCGCUUGUGAAAACUGCUGUUACAGACAAGCGUGUGCUCCAGUGGAUGCUAAACGGAUCGUUAUCUAUGCUUUAUGAGAGUGAGAAUAACCAAGCAAGACUUUGGGAUGUUCUUGCCAUAUUCGCUUGGUUGAAUCCUGAUAUUGGUUAUGUUCAAGGAAUGGAUGAUAUAUGUUCGCCAAUGAUAAUCCUACUAGAAGAUGAAGCUGAUGCUUUCUGGUGCUUUGAGCGUGCAAUGGGAAGAGUAAGAGAAAACACAUCAAUGGGGGUACAGACUCAACUUGGUAUGCUCUCACAGGAUCUAGACGGUGGAGAGUUUCUGUUUGCUAUAAGGAUGCUGAUGGUUUUGUCCAGGAAAGAGUUCUCCUUCCUUGAUGCCUUUUACCUUUGGGAGAUGAUGUGGGCUAUGGAGUACAAUACAAACAAGUUUGCAUCAUAUAAAAAAACAGAGAACGGAACCAAACAGGAUCCGAGAACAAAGAACAAACGUCUCUUGAAAGAAGCUAAAGGCCUAGACGACGUUGUUCAGAUAUUGGGUGGAAAAGCGUGUAAAGAAGCGUUGAAGAUUCAUGAAAAGUUCCUGAGAAAGGGACUAGAGAAACAUGAAGUGUUGAAGAUGACAAAAUUGUUGCUGCCAUCAUGGGGAACAACGAUUAAAUUCUCAAACAAAUUCACAGAGGUGUUUGAUAUCUCAAAUUCUUCAACUUUACUGCAUCCUCUUUAA